CCCGGAGAACUAGAAAGGAACGUGCCAGAAGUAGUCUCGAACGCUUUCACGCGUGAGCCAAUCAACUGAGAGAGACGCGAAUCAGCAACCUUCUCCUUGGGCGAUUCCUCAUCUUAUUGACAACUCAUCGCGUUCCCUGCCCUGCUUACUCAAUAGUGCCCGGCGACCGUUUGCUUACGUUUGAGAGUUUCUAGGGUUCUACGCCAUCGAUUUCUCUCCUGCGUUGUAUUCUAUGUACCAUUUUUGAUCGUAGAUGCUGUUCUCCCGAAGCGGCUGACCGUGGAGGAGUCCACUCUGCGAUCACAGACGACGCCGAUGGGAGUGGAUCAAGUGCUCGUGGGGAUUCAACCUCAAGAACUUAAAUUUACAUUUGAGCGGAAGAAACAAAGUUCAUGUUCUGUCCAACUUAUCAACAAUUCAGGAGAAUGCAUCGCUUUCAAGGUUAAAACAACAUCGCCUAAGCGAUACUGUGUGCGACCCAAUACAGGCAUCAUUCUACCCAGAUCAGCAUGUGACUUUACAGUUACCAUGCAAACACUGAAGGAAGCUCCAUCUGAUUUUCAACUUAAAGAUAAGUUUCUUGUCCAGAGCACAGUUGUUCCCUAUGGCACAACGGAUGAGGACAUUGUGCCGAGUUUUUUCUCUAAAGAAAAUGGUAGAUACAUUCAAGAGAACAAAUUAAGAGUUGUUCUUGUCAGCCCUCCUACUCUUCCAUUACCAGAACCAUUUAAUGGAACUUCCAUACAAAAGCCAGUUUUAAAAGCAUUCAGUCAGUCUGCUGAGACCUAUAUUGCUAGCAAAGGCGUUUCUCAACAUCCACCAGCUAAUGAAGUUUCUGAUUCGAAAAAUCCUUCUAACUCAAAUAAAGUUUCUGAUUUGAAAAAGUCUUCUGACUCAAUCAAUGAUAAUGUGAAGCAUGAGCCCCUUCAUCAAAAUCAUAAGUCAAACGCGACACAUAUUUCAAGUGAUCAAGCAUUCACUGAAGCGGACAACACGCCUCCUCUUGUAGUUGCCAAAGAUAUUGAGGAACUAAAGUUGAAGCUUGGCAAUCUUGAAUUGAAACUAAAUGAGGCUGAGAAGAUGAUAAUGAAUUUGACACAAGAGAGUGAUGCUGUCUUGCAGGACGGAAAGAAAUUGCAACAAGAAAUUGCUUUGCUGAGGACCAAUUGUUCAGCUAGAGUGCGGGUUGGCUUCCCUUUUCUCUUUGUGGUUUACAUGACACUCGCUGGUUUGGCACUAGGACAUUUGUUGCACCUGUGAAGAUCAUCCGGAACUUUGAGCACAUUGCUGGAACUGAUAUUUUGUAGUUCUACAAUCACCAGUAUAUCCCCAUUGCACCUCUUCAGGCUAUGACCAUGUAUAUGACUUAUACACUUAAAAUGACAUUUUAGUCAACUUUUUAUUUUGUAAAGGCAAGACUCAAAGGAUGCGUUAAACUAUAUAGACUUGGACUCAUAGAAUGAUAAGAUCUCUUUAUGUGAAA